CAUGGCGAUGUCAGAUCAGUUAGCCAGGGCUGUAGUAAAAGGAAUUCAAGCGCAGAUGGUAAGAUGCCCCUUUGAUGACGUCAUUGUGACUGUUGAAGGCAGAGAGUUCAAAUGUCAUCGUCUUAUGCUGAGUGCUUCUUCAGACUAUUUUCGAGCAAUGUUUCAGUCUGGGAUGAAAGAAGAUUUAGAGAGGAAGGUCGAGGUCAAGGGCCUUAGUGCUGAAGUUUUCCAAUUGAUAAUAGAGUCAGUGUACUACGCCAGAGAUAUCCUCACCAUUGACAAUGUAUCAAAUGUGAGGCAUGCUGCCAAUCAGCUGCAAAUCGAUUAUCUUUUACAGGCCUGCGAAAUGAUCCAAUUGAAAAGGCUAUCGAAAGAAAGUAGUGUAGACAUCUAUAUCAAUGCCAAGUUGCUGAAUUCCAGACAACUAAUGGAUCAGUCUUGGAGUGUGAUCAUACAGGAGUUUGAUUACCUGAGAAAACUGGAAGAUAUUUUGUAUCUUGACUUUGAAGACAUGAAGAACUUGGUUAGCGACGACAACUUGUGGGUCCCUUCAGAAGACGUGGUUGUUGAAACAAUAUUAGACUGGGUUAAUUUACGUCAAUCCGAGCUCUCGUUGGAGUAUGCUGAGUUUCGCGAAAAGGGUAAAAAGGACAAAGAUGAAACAUCCAACUCGACGAAGCAGGCAGAGCAGGGCACAUUGGUCGCUUCCAAAAAGCAUAAAAAGAAAAAAAAAAGAAAAAGCUGAUAAAGUAGCGAACCCAACCAGUGAAACGGAGCUCAAGGAAGAUGUCGAUUCUUCAAGUGUAAAAGAGAAAGAAGCGUAUUGUCGUACAAGCAAAAACAUCUUUCUAGCUGAGCUACUGGCUGCUAGCAAAUUGUUUUUAGUUAGUGGAGUAUGUUUGCAGAAUCUAAUAGAAAACAAGCUAGUGUUGAAAGACCAAAAGGCUUUUAGUCUUGUACAAGAAAGCUUACGUUACCACCUCCAGCCUGCCAGACGUCAAGGCUAUUGUCCCACGUAUGGCAUCCACAGGAAUGCAAGCUUAUAUCAAAAUGUUAUACUGACCCUUUCUAAAGGGGAACCUAUGAAAUUUUCAUGUAGAGCCUCAAACGGUAAAUGGUUUUCGUUACCUUUAGACCAAACACUUAACACACCAGCUGCUUAUAAUGAUACAUUGCCAGUGGCUGACGUAACACCAACCGACAGCGGCAGAGCUGUUUCAUAUGAAAAUGAUAUUUACUGGACUGACGAUUCCGGCAGUCAGUUUGCAAGUAGAUAUAAUGCCUACACUAAUACUUGGAGCCCUGUUGCUAACCUCCUUGUUGCUAGAAAGCAGCAGGCACUUGUUUGGCUCGGCCAUUAUCUUUAUGCUAUUGGAGGUCUUGAUUGUGAUUCCAUUGAAAGAUUUAAUGUCGAAGAGGAAAAAAAAGCUCCCAGAAGUGGCCAAUGGGAGAAUUAUGGCAGUUUAGUUAUACCCAUGAAAAACCUAACCGCUACCACAUGUGGAAAUCUUAUAGUCGUGUUUGGUAGCGAGUCAGACGAAAGCACAACCACCAUGGUUCAAAUCUUCAACACUCAGACAAUAACUUCCAAUAUUGUUGUGGACAGCAUGUCUGGUGCUGCUAAGAACAUAACCAGCUUCAGCCAAGGGAAAGACACUUUCGUCCUGCAAGAGAGUGGCGCUCUAUGGAAGGUCAGCGCAGAGUGCAACAAGUUUUUGAAUAUAGAGUUUCAGUCCAUGCUGUGGGGAGAUCCUUUCAUUCUGCAAGCAGCUAUCGUCUUCAACCAGCAGCUUCUCGUAUUUGGAGAUGGUGUUGAUCCACAAAUGCCCAGAGAAUGGGAUGUUAUGUCUUUUAAACAUUUUCAAAGAAUUAAGAUUAUAGAACGACAGGGUUAUUUUUUUCUUGAACAGUGUCCUGUUAAAGAAGUUUUUGGUUACACCAGAAGUUUAAAUAGUUGCUUGUGUGUGUUUGUGUAUGUGUUAUUGCCUUUGAGUUUCAUAUUUUACUCUUGUAGAUUAUAUCUUUUUUUACAAAGCUUAUAUCAACUCACUCUGUCUGUAUGACAAAAAGUUUGUGCACGCUAUUUCUCCCAGACCCAUUCUCGGAUCAAGUUUAAAAUUUGCACAGUUAUUCAUUGAUAUAGGCAAGACACUAAUCAAUAAAAAAAAAGUAACUAAUUAAAUAAUUAAUUACUGGUAAUUCAUUAUUUUGUUUAAUAGCAACAAGGGAGACUAAUACUUCAGUAUUCACAGAUAUGGCUAAAUUUGUUGUUUAGUCCCCUUAAAUAAUGGUUAACGCUAAUUCUCCCUCACGCAUUAUAUGAUCAAGUAGAUACUUUAAACAAUUAUGUAUUGUACGUAACAAAACAUGAAUCAAUAAACAAAAAUACUCAAUUAGUCAAUUAAUUAUUGAUAAUUAAUUAUUUUGUUUGAUAUCGAAUAAGGGAAAUAGCUUGUACAUUAUAGGUAGAUAUAGUUUUAAGUUCUCUCCCUUUAGAUAAGCUUUGUUUUUUUUUUAGAAAGGAUUUAUUUUUUAUUUCGCUUGUUUUAUAAACACAUUGAAACUUCACAUUCAUACAAUUAUGUGUUAAUUAGAUCUUCAGAAAUAAAACAAAUCACAUUAUUAUAAUAAUUUUU